AUGAUUUCAAUUAUUUUUCGAGUGAUAUUAUUAUUGUGUUCCAUCGAAUCUGUGUUUACGAAUCCCUAUUGUGGAACGAAGGACAUUACAUCACCGAAAUUUAAAUUAUUGAAGCGUAAGGCACGAUCGCAGGAUCACAUACUGACCAGAAGAGAGAUCCCGACAUUGGAGGAGUGCUUGGCGUUUGCUGUUGUGAAAAAAGGCCUGGCUUUCAAUUUUUCUUCGAUGCUGAGGAGAAAACAUUCGAGGAGAGAUGACAUCGAUCGAUUCAAUUGCCAAGUGCUUGCAUGCCCUGGCGUCAAUUCUUUGAGUUCAUUAGUUGAGGAUGAAAAAUUCAAUUAUUACAGUGCUUACUCCCGAAAAUUGAUGCUUGGAAAUGAAACCGCUGUAUGCGUACCGACUAUCGGGCUAUUUGUGCACAAAGAGACACCCCAGAAUUACACAAAUGCUCGAUCAGCCUGCGAGAACAUUGGAGGAAAAUUGUCCAAUGUUAUGAGUGCAGAGAGAACAGCCGGUCUAUCUCCAUUUCUUUUCCGUGGAACGCCAGUGUACGUGGGAUUGAGCAAUCGAGGAAAAGAGCGAUAUUGGAAAAACGAAUUUGGUGACAAACUGGAGUGUUCUGGUGACCGACGAUGGGCCCAGGGAGAACCAACAUCGCGCGGGUGCGUCGGCCUGAUUCGCUCCAACAUUCAUGGGAACAAUCAUACACUCUGGAAGGUAUUCCCAUGUUCUCGACCAUUUCCAUUCAUCUGUGAAAUAUUACCCAGGCAUGCAAGGAUCAAGACGAAAACAUCACGAUAAAAAGUGGUAGACGUAGCUCGCCACAGCCGUAGUUCACAUUAAGAAACCAAAGGAAAUUCAUUGGCACAACAUCAUGAUCAAAUAAAACAGCCCCUUCAAUGUCUCUUGGAUUCGUUAUCUCGCAUGAACAAUCGACCAAAAAAAUACAGGGUUACAUUCUUCUUUAAGUACUUCUAAAUCUCAUCAGUGUCAAAUGCGUUAAAUGCAAUUAUCAAAAUUUUUCAAUAGCUGGCAAUCGAAGGAAUCGAGAUAAACAGAAAUAAUUCCGGUACUUGGCAGUGCCAGCUUACUACAAAUCUUUUCAUCACUAGUGAUUUGUGGAAUGUUACGUUUAAAAAUACAGUACAAAUCGAGCUGUUAAAAUAGUAAAAUCAAAAUACUGGUAUGAAUUGCGUUACAGGUAGACAGUUAUCCAGUACCAUCUAGAUGUUCGACAACGAAUAAAGAUAAAUUUUUAGCUGCUAAAUUCCAAUAGUGAUCUUUCUGUUUCAUUCUGCUGAGAAAAUAUUUCGCAGUUGGGAAUGUUGGAGAAAUACUCAAGGAAUUCCAUAGGGAAUUAAUGUUUAUUGGUUGAUGCACUCAAUUGUUCGGACAGUUGUGCAACUGUUCGUUGUAAUACCGUAUGCUUUU